CAUAACCUCAAACUUAACCAUCAAUAUGGGAAAAGCGAAAAAGCUUAAAAAAAACGCAAAUGAUGACGAAUUAGAUAGUGAUAUUGAUACUACUGAUGCUGCAGUUAAAGAAACAACAAAGGGAAAAACUAAAUCUAAACCACAAGAAAAAAUUAUAGACUCAGAUAAUGAAGAUACAGGCAAAAAGAAAAAAUCUUCAAAGAAAGACAAAAAGAAAAAGGUAGUUGACAAUGAUAGUGAUGUUGAUGACAUCACUAAUGAGAUUGAUGAUUUAAAUAUUCACAAAGAAAUUGAGAAACCGAAGGCUAAGAAGCCUGAUAUAAAGAAAGGAGGAUUUGCUCUUUUAGCUGUAGAAGAUUCAGCAGAAUCAGCGCCAAGUGACAAUGAAAUUUCUGAAUCUACUACUAAUACUUCAUCGAAAAAUAAAAAAGCUAAUAAAAAGAUAGAUAGAAGUGAUAGUAUUGAAGAUAAUAAGCCAAAACCUGAUGGUGGUAAAAAAAGCAAAAAGUCUAAAAAGAAACGAAAUGAUAGUGAAGAAGAUAUAGAGAAAGUUUUAGCUGAACUAGAACUUGAAUAUUCCGGUGUCAAAAAGGAUGUUAAAGAAGAAGAAAAUGUGGGAAAAGUAGAGAAAGUAGCUCAGGUAGAAAAGCAAGCCAAACCAAGCAUUAAAACUGAAAUUAAAGAUCAAAGUGAAGUAAAAGAUGAUACAAAUGAAGAGUCUGGAGGAACGGUUAAAACUGCAGCUCAGAAGAAGAAAGAAAAAAAAGAGCGUGAAAAGCAGAAAAAAUUGCAGAUGAAGCAAAAGGAAGUUAAACCUGUAAAUACUGACCAAUCUACAAAAUCAGCAGAAGAAAGUAGUAAGCAACAAGUUGAAACAGUAGCGGGGGAUGAUGAUGAAAAUAAACAAGAUGAUGCAGAAGAAGAUGAUGAUAAAAAGAAAAAAAAGAAGAAAGGUGCAAAAGCAGCUGAGGAUGCGAAGGCAGCGGGCAAAGGACCAGGCAAAAAAACAAUUGCAGCAAUGCAAGAUGCUUUGAAAAAACUCCGAGAAGAACAAGAAAAAUUGCAAAGAGAAGAAGAAGAAAGGAUUCGCAAGGAAGAGGAAGCUGAAGCUGCUAGAUUAGAACAAAUUAGGUUGGAACAAGAGCGGAAAGAAAAAAAAAAAAAGGAAAAGGAACGUAAAGAACGUUUAAAAGCUGAAGGCAAACUACUUUCUGCAAAACAAAAAGCAGAUAAAGCUAGAGCCCAAGCAAUGCUUGAAUCUCUUAAGGCAAGGGGACUAGAAAUGCCUGAAGUGGGAGAGAAGAAACCUAGACUUGGAACAAGAAUUCGACCUAAUAAAUCUAAACAGCAAGGUAAUAAGGAAUCUACGGAAGUGCAAUCUCAAGUUGAUGCUGAUAAAGUAGGCGAACAACCAGCAGAGAAUGUGGUUGAGCAAAGUGCCGAAACAAAAGCUAUUGCCGAAGAAGAUGAUGUUAAGGAUGCAUGGGAUGCUGAUUCAAGCAGUGAAGAGGAAAGCACAACUGAAACACCAGCAGUAACUGCAAAGUCUGAAACAAAAGUGGAUCAAUCUGCAGAAAGUAAAAAGGAAGAAACUUCUUCAGAAGAAGAGUCUGAAGAAGAAAGUGAUUCUGAGUCAGAAUCUGAAAGUAGCGAAGACAGUGAUAAUAGAACUGAUGCAGAAAAGAAACGAGAAAAGGCUCUCCAGAGAAUACAAAAACGCAGAAUUGAUGCAGAACAGAAUAAAUCAUUAGACAAACUGAGAGCUGCGGUGGUUUGUGUGUUGGGACAUGUAGAUACUGGAAAAACAAAAAUUCUUGACAAAUUACGUCGCACAAAUGUGCAAGAUGGUGAAGCUGGUGGUAUUACUCAACAAAUUGGUGCUACAAAUGUUCCAAUAGAAAACAUAAAGGAGCAAGUUAAAAUUGUUAAAGGGAUAUCAGAUACUGUAUUCAAAAUUCCUGGUUUACUGAUUAUUGACACACCUGGUCACGAAUCUUUCAGCAAUCUGAGAAGUCGAGGUUCUUCUUUGUGUGAUAUUGCUAUCUUGGUUGUUGACAUUAUGCACGGUUUGGAACCACAAACUUUAGAAUCUAUUAACUUAUUAAAAACUAAGAAAACUCCGUUUAUUGUUGCAUUGAACAAAAUUGACAGAUUGUAUGAUUGGUCAACUAUGGCUAGGAAAGAUGUACGAGACGUUCUCAAAGCCCAAGCACCGAAUACACAAUUAGAAUUUGAACAAAGAACUAAAGAAAUCAUAGUUCAAUUUGCUGAGCAAGGUUUAAAUGCAGCUCUAUUUCAUGAAAACCCUGACCCAAGAAGUUACGUUUCUUUAGUUCCAACUUCUGCCAUAACUGGAGAAGGAAUGGGUAAUCUCUUAGCCUUAAUUGUUGAUUCAUGCCAGAAUAUGUUAGCAAAACGCUUGAUGUUUAGUGAAGAUUUGCAAGCUACAGUAUUAGAGGUUAAAGCGAUACCUGGGCAUGGUACAACCAUUGAUGCAAUUUUAAUAAAUGGAACUUUAAGAGAAGGAGAUACGAUUAUUUUAGCUGGUACUGAUGGACCCAUAGUUACACAAAUUAGAUCAUUACUAAUGCCCCAACCAAUGAAGGAACUCAGAGUUAAAAAUGCUUAUAUUGAACACAAAGAAGUAGUUGCAGCACAAGGUGUAAAGAUAGCUGCAAAAGAAUUGGAAAAAGCAAUUGCAGGUUUAAAUUUACAAGUUGCACAAAAGCCAGAUGAAAUUGACAUAUUUAGAGAUGAGGUAGCUAAAGAACUGAAAAGUGCUUUAAGUGGCAUCAAGUUGCAAGAAAGAGGUGUUUAUGUGCAAGCAAGUACAUUAGGAUCUUUAGAAGCCUUAUUGGAGUUCCUUAAAGUCAGCAAAAUUCCGUACGCUGGUAUCAGGAUUGGCCCAGUUGUCAAGCGCGAUGUUAUGAAAGCUUCAACGAUGUUGGAACAUGACAGCCAAUACGCUACAAUUCUAGCCUUCGAUGUGAAAAUUGAACGCGAUGCUCAGGAGCUGGCAGAUACUCUAGGAGUAAAGAUUUUCCAAGCCGACAUCAUUUAUCAUCUGUUCGACAAGUUCACUGCUUAUCGUGAUGAGCUCAAGCAACGCAAACGAGACGAAUUCAAGAAUAUCGCUGUGUUUCCAUGCAAACUUAAAGUGCUCCCGCAAUACGUGUUCAAUUCUAGAGAUCCAAUUGUUAUGGGCGUCAUGGUAGAAGCUGGAAUUGUGAAAGAAGGCACUCCAAUAUGUGUUCCUAGCAAAGAUUUUGUAGAUCUGGGUAUUGUUACAUCAAUAGAGAGCAAUCACAAACAAGUUGAAUCUGCUCGCAAAGGUCUUGAGGUUUGCGUUAAAAUUGAACCGAUUCCAGGUGAAGCACCUAAGAUGUUCGGUCGACACUUUGAUGAAACGGAUUUCCUUGUGAGCAAGAUUUCCCGACAAAGUAUCGACGCUUGCAAAGACUAUUUCAGAGAGGAUUUAGUGAAGACUGAUUGGCAAUUGAUGGUUGAGUUGAAGAAAUUAUUCCAGAUACUUUGAAAAUUAAGUCCAACAUUUUGGAUUGACGUAGUGCACCCGUGUAGUUGUUUUUCUAUAAAUUUGAAACAUUUUCUGCUCUCAAAUAUUAUUUUUUCUAUAUAUUAAAAUUGUAUAUUAACCAAGUUAUUAUAAUAGUAUUAUAAUAAAAGUAUAUGUUUAUG